UCAGUCGCUUCCAACAAGCACCUAGUCGGGAGGGAGGACGUUUAUGCUCGAAAACCAAUGUGGAAUUGAAGAGACCACAAAGUCUCUCUCUUUGCUGGGAAUGAUCACUGUCCACACCAUUCAACCACGGCAGUGCAUUCAUACCGUUGAAGACUUGAAGUAAAAACCAUGGACUACUGGAAUAUGCCUUUGAAUAGUCUUGGGGAAUUAACGCUGAAGAGACUGAGCAUAUAUCUGGACAACUGCACGGUGAAAGGAUGGAGGAAACUGGCAGAGAUUGUCGGCACAGAGAGUCGCUUCAAGUGCAGUGAGAAGGAGCUGGAGACAUGCUCGCUGCAGGUCCUAGAUCUGGAUGGAAGUCCGAGCCGACUGUAUCUGCAGUUACUGGCGGAACGCCGCUGCCCAGUCAACCAUCUGCUCAGCUGCCUGGACAAGAUGGGACAUACAGAGGCAUGGCAGUGUGUGGUAUCUAUGGCAACGGACAGCAUACAGAUCGUUGUGGAGCCCAAGUCACAAGAUGUCACCGCUGGGGACAGUGCGUCCCUCUGCUGUCAGGCUGUAGGUCCCCCAGGUCUCGGCUAUCAAUGGUUUCGUGGAAAGUAUGAGGUGACGGGUGGAAUCUUGUCGGAGCUGCUGUUUAAUCCCGUGGAUGGCGCUGAUGGGGACUGGUACGUCUGCAGAGUUCACUGUGGAAGUCAGUACUCGUUUUCCCAAUGGGUUCGUCUCCGUGUUUACAGCAGCCCAACGGCAGCAGGUGAGUUUUGCCGGGUCAAUAUCCUGGUGCAUCCCGUCUCGCUGAGCCUGAAGGAGGGCGACACCAUGGUGCUUCCGUGUUCCGCGGUGGGCAACCCUCCCCCACAGUACCAGUGGUUUUGUAACGACCAGCUCUUGCCCGACGCGAAUAAACCCAACCUUGAGGUUAUUGGAGUCACAACUGUUGACCGGGGGAAGUAUUACUGCCGUGCGUUCAACCUUUAUCAUGAUGUCUGGAGCAGAGCGGUUUCAGUAGAGAUCGGACCCAACACUUCCUUCAAUGACGCAUUCAUCGUGGAGACUGGAGAAGUCUCCAGCCCAGGACCACAGAUGAACGUUGACCAUCACCCUACACAUCUCCAGGCAACGGACAAAGUUGCCCUGCUGAUUGGGAACAUGAAUUACUGCCAUCACAAGCAGCUGAAGGCCCCCAUGGUGGACGUACACGAGCUGACAAACCUCCUCCGUCAGCUCGACUUCAAGGUGGUGUCCUUGCUCGACCUCACCGGCCUGGAGAUGCACACGGCUGUCCACGAGUUCCUGUUGCUGCUGGACAAGGGGGUGUAUGGUUUGCUGUACUAUGCCGGACAUGGAUAUGAAAACUAUGGGAACAGUUUCAUGGUUCCCAUCGACGCUCCGUACUCCUACACCUCUGAGCACUGCCUGUGUGUCCAGAAUAUUCUGCAGUUAAUGCAGGAGAAACAGACGGGACUGAACAUAUUCCUGCUUGACAUGUGUCGCAAAAGGAACAUGCAUGAUGAAAUCAUUCCACAAAUGGAAGCAUUGAGAGUCACAGCAAAUAUCGUUUAUGGCUACGCCACGUGUCCCGAUGCAGAGGCGUAUGAAAUUAGCCAGGGGGAGCUAACGAACGGGAUCUUCAUGAGUUUUCUGAAGAAGCGAUUGCUGGAGGAUGAGAAGGUCACCGUGCUGCUGGAUAAAGUGGCAGAAGAUAUGGGGAGAUGUGAGCUGACGAAGGGGAAGCAGGCACUGGAGAUACGAAGCAGCCUGUCAGAGAGGAGGUCGCUGACGGACAGCAUUCAGCCACCGCAUCGUUACGAUGAGUUUUCAGCCAGAAACCUACAGUGGGCUAAGGCCAAUGUUCUACCAGAGAGCAAGUUCGUCCAGUUCGAAUGUGGAGCCUUGAUUCGCCUGGGAUUUGCGGCAGAGUUUUCCAACAUUAUGAUCAUUUAUGCCAGCAUAGUUCAAACUCCUCAGCACAUAAUUCAAUGUGAAGCCAGACUGACGGACUUUUCGGAGGACCUGGAUGUGAACCUGAAACACACCAACAAGGGGUGUCCUGAGGAGACGGGCAGCGUACUCUUCUCCUUCAACAGCUUCACGUUUCCAGAGCAGUGUCUCUACACCAGGCUCAGUGGUCUGCAGAAGCUGCGGACAGCGCUGAGCUUUUCCAUCUGCCUGCAAUAUCUGUACAAAGGUAUGGAUGAGGCCAUAGAAGAGAAGAAAGUUGUGAGUAUUGGAAAACCUCUUGUCUCUAAACUCAGUUUGCAUGGCCUGGAGCAUCAGAGUGGCCACCUUUCAGUUUAUGGCUCUUUGCAAAGUUCGUCCUGCAAACCUGCCCAGAUGUCGGGGGGCAUUUCGGGCCACACUUCCACCCUGCCGCUCAAGUCCGACAGUUGGAACGGCUCUGAGGGUUCCAGCGGUCAACCCAGAGCAGGGAGUGAGUUCCCCCAUCGAUGUCACAGCAGCCAGGGGCAGCAACAGCAUCACUCAAUGUUGCCAGGAGCUUCAUCUCAGCCCGGUGGAACCCAGCAGGAGAUGACUGCCCAGUUCACCUCUCUGUGGUCAAGAGACUGUGUGGGGUCAUCGGGCACCAGGAGGGACGGUCAGUACAUCGAUGGAGAACUCCACACCGGUGAGCAGCCCAAACACUUCCACAGGUAUUAGCCUGAGCAGGGCCACGCUGUGGAUGCAAGGAUAAAGUCUCACGUUGUAAGAUAUGCGCAAGGUGAGAUUCUGUUUCCCAGGUGUACUUCAUCCUCCCUAACCCUUCACCUGUUGAAGCACCGCACUCUCUCACUUCCCACGCCUUCGUUAGAAUCUGUCAACCAUCCGACAUAUUGUUUCAGAAGGAACUGCAGAUGCUGGAAAAUCGAAGGUAGACAAAAGUGCUGGAGAAACUCAGCG